CCGUGAGGGAGCGGGCGCCGUGAGGGAGCGGGCGCCGUGAGGGAGCGGGCGCCGUGAGGGAGCGGGCGCCGCUCGCCCGCCGCCAUGCUGCGGGCCCUGCGGCGGCGGUGGGACGCCUACAAGUACCGCUUCGUGCCCUGGCUGGCCCUCAACCUCCGCCGCAAGCGCAGGACUCUCCGAUACGUUCCCGAAAGCUCCCAAGACAAAAUUAUCUCUGAUGAAGAUGUCUUUGAAACACUACUGAAAGUAUUUAAAGCUCUGUUCAUAAAUGACUUCAGUAGACACGCACACAUUUUGGCCUUACUUCCAGAAAUCAAAUGUAAAUAUCUGGAAUUACUGACUGUUGAGCAGAAGCGAUCAAAAGUAAAUUCAUGUAACCAUCAGAGUCAACAUGUGUUUAGUCCAGAGGAAGUUCUGUUGAAUACACUAGGGUUCGCUGUUAGUCGAGACCGAAGUUCCCUGGUGUCUGCUGGAACUGGAGUCUUUGUUACCAAAGGUUUUGUACCAAAAGGGACGGUUGUAUCUAUGUAUCCUGGUACAGUAUACAGAAAGCAUGAGCCCAUCUUUUUCCAGUCCCUUGGCAAUCCCUUUAUUUUUAGGUGCAUAGAUGGUGUCCUUAUUGAUGGGAAUGAUAAAGGACUAUCAAGAUCAGUGUACAGGUUCUUCCACUGGAGUCUGAAAGACACCACGCAUUAUGUGGGAGGUUUAAAUGCACUUUUUAAAGUAUCAUCAAGGUGUUGGUCUGCAUGCACACCCCCCAACUCCAGUGUUGUCCUGUCUCCCAGGUCUUGCAGCAGGAGAGAUCAACUUGGCCCAUUUCAAAUGAGUGACGAGAGCUGGCUCACAGCUGCCCUGCAAAACCCACUGGCGGUGGGACAGUAUGUCAACAACUGCUCACAUGAAAAAGCAGCCAACGUGUGUUAUCAGGAGUUUGAUGUGCCAGGAUACUUUCCAGUAGAACUGAAACAGUAUCUUCCAAACAUCGUCUACAGCCAUGACAUAGAGAGCCACCUGAGGUGUGUAGUGCUUGUUGCUCUCAGAGACAUCAAGCAAGGAGAAGAACUUUUUUCUAACUACUACACUGUUGUCGGCUGAAUAAUAGAAGAAAUCUGUGUCAUGAAAAUACUUACUGUAUGUGUACUUCGAGCUUCGUGAGCAUCUUUACAUAAUGGAGGGCUGUAGUUUUACCAUUUAGACAGCAAGCUGCAGGCUUGUGUUUCCCUGAAAAUACUCCACAUCUGAUGCAAGGGUGAAGGUUUAACCAUUUAUGUCAUUAGUUUCUCAGCUUUCUCCUGUUGUUGAUAUUACUGCUUAUCAGUGUUCAGCUGUCCAUACAAAAGCUCAUAAAAGAAAAACGUAAGUUCUGGACAUGUCAUUUAAUCUUCAGUUGGCACAGCUGUCUGUAACUCAUGGCUCAGUUUUAAUACUUUGCCAUUUCGCUUCUCGUGCUUACAGUGGACACAAUUUGUAAAAAUGACUUCCCUCUUGUGAACUAUUCCUUGGAUAAUUGUCAUAGUUCAUGGUAAUUACUAGUUCUUUUUCUGAUUUUCUUGGGGUUGGUCCCUUUGGUAUCUGCUUCCUUUUAGAAAGUAUUUCAGUGUAGCCAGUUGUCCAAAUCUUUUAUGAAGCCGGUUUUGGAACAAUGCUAAUACAUGCUUCAGGUGUGCCUGCAUGGUGCCCUGUCAUCAGGAGGCCAGCUUGAGCCACUGGCUUUAUCUGUGCCUGUCUUGGGGUGGGAGGAAAGAAGGUCUGUAUCUUGAACCCCUGUCCAAUCCUAGUUUCAGUGGUUCAGUGAAAGUUUCCUGGCAUGUGGCAACUUUCACAGCUUUUAUUCUCAAGGAGAACCUCAUGUUGCAGUGUAGCUGGAGGAAAUAAUGCCAGCCAAGUGUGCUGUGUAUUUUUUUAAUGAGUUACUGGCAUAAACAGAGCCAGCGAUUCCCACAUUAAUUCUUGCUGCUGUCUGCAAACUGCCUUCAGAAAGUAAACAAGAGACAGCUUGUCAGUCUUUUGGUCUGGCUAAACAGCUUGGGAAAAGAAAAAUCAUCCCUGUGUUUACUGCAAAAGUCUAAGCAAGCCUCCCAAUGAAUUUGUGGUUGGCAUAAGCUGAUGAGAAAGGAGGGGCUGGGAAAUGGUGCGCUCUAACAAAUCUGGCAGUGGUUGGGGCAGCCAGGGUGCCCUGCUUAGCUGUGGAAGCAUCUCGCCUCCUUUUCAGAACGCAAAGCUUUUUGGUGUCUGUGUGAACUUGGUCUCCUUCCAAGCCUGAACCUUGUCUUUCAUAUUCAUCUGGAAGUCCUUCUCAGCCAGAGAAGGCUGGCUUUUUCAGGAAGAUUUAAAUAGCAGAGCGAUGAGACGGUGGCAAGCGGCUCAGCGUGGGUUGUACAGUUCUAUGAAGAUGCUGGGGACAGCUUUUAGUGGCCCCUUGUGUCUUCACAGCGUGGUAACAGAUCAGAGCAGGCAGCGGUCUGCAGUCUACUGAAGAGGAUGCUCAUCCUCCAUCACUCUGAGGAUCCCUUCUCUCCUGAGCUGGGCCUUCUCACCGGCUCUCUCUGGGAGGAGGUUGUUGGGCAUCUUGAUCUCUGAAGAGGACGCUGGUUGUCAGGCUGCCUGCAGCAUUGCUUAGCUCAUCAGGCCAGGGUUUAUGGGUAGGUGGAGAACCCUAGUCUCAGCAUGGCAGAAAAGGGAGAUCCUGUUCAUGUUCUCCAGGCUGAGGUGCUGCCACACAAGGGCACAGAUUACUGCAGCUGUCUCAUUAUAUACUUGUUAAUACUUUUUAAAUGACCGGAUCUGAAAGUAUUUUCCUGUCUGACGACUGUGGAACUUAAGUUUACAACCCAUCUAUUGAGAAAGCUUUGCUUUACUGCACUUGCUGCCUCCUGGAUGUGAAUGUAGCAGGUUAGUGAAGGACUGCAGCGCGCAGGCUGCCUAUCAGUAGCAGGGUACCUGUGACUGGCUUCUCCUUGCUGAAAUACUGAAACCUGACAGCCCGCUUCAGGGACUGCUCACACAUGAGGGAAAGCAAGACCUGGCGUGCAGCUGGCAGCAGCAAUUGAUUUCUGUCUGCUGGUGGCUACAGAAAACCAAAAAGUAGCAGCAGGAGGAGGAGGAGGUUGUACUUCUGAGCAAGCAUCAGGGCAACAUGGGCACUGAGCAGGAGAAAGGAAAAUGGAAGAGUAGAAAUAAUGGUCCGGUAACGUGCUACAGCCUAAGAGAGGGCUUCAGGUAGAUCAGACUUCUUGUCGUCUUUAGAUCCCUGUCUCUUCACUGAAGGUCAAAGUCAUUCUAAUUCCCUGUGUGUCCAUUCAUUACCACCAAACUGACACCACCAGUGCCUGAGAGGAGGAUGGAUUCUGAUGUAUUUUCAGAUACAAUGUGCAAUCUGAUAAUAACCCAGUAAAAUUCUCUAUGCAACCUAUUUAUGGUUUGUUAAUAAUAAAUUAUUCAUUACAAUAAGUACAGUCGCUUGAAA